AUGCACCAGCUUCUCCUCCGCGGGAAACAAAAAUGGCGAGGGGCUACGGUGGAGCCGGGCUGUCUGUGAAGCGGGUCUGACCCCUCCCCCGCCGCCUUUCCGCCGUUGCGCCGCGGGGUCUGUGCCCGGGGGGUCCCGCCGCGCACCGAGGGCCCGGCCGCACCGGGGCGCCGCGGGGAGGCUCCCGUGCUCGCUGAUUUCCCUGUAUGAGGCGGUUGGCACCACUGGAGAGACCGAAUGAGUGCAAGUCAGCUUGUUGUCUGUUAUCUCUUUCACUGCUUGGGUGCAUGCUCAUACUGCCUUAGAGACUCUACAGCGGUGGGUAAUUCACUGGUCCAUAAGCGGUCUCCUUUACGUCGAAGCCAUAAGACCUCAGCAUCUCUGACCAAACUGUCGUUACGUGAUGGACAGAAAGCCAAAAAACCACUGUGUAAAUUUGAAGAAGGUCAGGAUGUCCUAGCUAGAUGGUCAGAUGGCUUGUUUUAUCUUGGAACUAUCAAAAAGAUAAACAAACUGAAACAGAACUGCUUUAUUAUAUUUGAAGAUAGUUCCAAAUCCUGGGUUCUCUGGAAGGACAUACAAACAGGAGCCACUGAAAGUGGGGAAAUGGUCUGUACAAUAUGUCAGGAAGAGUAUUCAGAAGCACCGAAUGAAAUGGUUAUAUGUGAUAAAUGUGGGCAAGGUUAUCAUCAGCUGUGUCACACACCAAAUAUUGAUUCCAGUGUGAUUGAUUCAGAUGAUAAAUGGCUCUGUCGACAGUGCGUUUUUGCAACAACAACAAAGAGGGGUGGUGCGCUUAAGAAAGGACCAAAUGCCAAAGCACUGCAAGUCAUGAAACAAACAUUACCAUAUAAUGCAACAGAUCUUGAGUGGGAUGCAGGUCAUAAAACCAAUGUUCAGCAGUGUUACUGCUAUUGUGGAGGACCUGGAGACUGGUAUCUAAAGAUGUUGCAGUGCUGCAAAUGUAAGCAGUGGUUUCAUGAGGCUUGCGUGCAGUGCCUCCAAAAGCCAAUGCUUUUUGGUGACAGGUUUUAUACGUUCAUUUGCUCAGUUUGCAGUUCUGGACCAGAAUACCUCAAACGUUUACCCUUGAGAUGGGUAGAUAUAGCACAUCUAUGCCUUUACAACCUAAGUGUUAUUCAUAAGAAGAAAUACUUUGAUUCAGAGCUUGAACUCAUGGCCUACAUUAAUGAAAACUGGGAUAGAUUGCAUCCUGGUGAGCUGGCAGAUACACCAAAAUCUGAAAGAUAUGAGCAUGUACUGGAGGCAUUAAAUGAUUACAAGACCAUGUUUAUGUCUGGAAAAGAAAUAAAGAAAAAGAAGCAUUUGUUUGGCUUGAGAAUUCGUGUUCCUCCUGUGCCACCAAAUGCUGCUUUAAAGGCCGAGAAGGAACCAGAAGGAACUUCUCAUGAGUUCAAGAUUAAAGGCAGAAAAUCAUCUAAACCAAUCCCUGAUGUGAGGGAGAUAAGUAAUGGUAUAGAAAGAAAGGGGAAAAAAAAAUCAGUAGGUCGUCCACCGGGUCCCUAUACAAGAAAAAUGAUUCACAGAACUCCAGAGUCGUCUCCUCUGGAUAAUGAACCAGUUCCAGUGAUAGAGAACCCAGCCUUGGAAUUACCCUGCGCUGUUGGGAAAUCUGAUGGAACUGCACAUUCAUCCAAUACCUCAGAUGUGGAAUCCACAGGUGCUGCCAGUAUGAAAGAAACUACCUCAUCUAGCAUUUCCAGACAUUAUAGUUUAUCUGAUUCGAGAAAAAGGACUCGUACAGGAAGAACUUGGCCUGCUGCAAUACCACAUUUGAGAAGAAGAGGUCGCUUUCCGCGAAAAGCUCUCCAGACUCAAAAUUCAGAAAUUGUAAAAGAUGAUGAGAGCAAGGAAGAUUACCAGUAUGAUGAACUCAAUACAGAGAUACUUAACAACUUAGCAGAUCAGGAGUUACAGCUCAAUCACCUGAAGAACUCAAUUACUAGUUAUUUUGGUGCAGCAGGUAGAAUAGCUUGUGGGGAAAAAUACCGUGUGUUGGCUCGUCGGGUGACACUUGAUGGAAAGGUGCAGUAUCUUGUGGAGUGGGAAGGAGCAACUGCAUCCUGACUGUAGGACUGAACAUUAUGUUCACUGCACUGUCAUCUGUAAGUACAGUUCAUAAUGCAGAGCCACAAGAGAAAUGUGUCUUUAAAUGUGUUUCUAAAAACAAAACAAAACCAGUUUAGCCUUAACAUGUAACUGUUAUCAUUACAGCUCUUAUGAUAAAGACUUAUCUUUUUAAAAUCUGAUCUGAAACUUAAAUUUUUUAAUCUGAACGUUGUUAGAUUGUUUUAGGUUGGGAUAUUUUGGGUUACAAUUACUUAAAAAUGUGCAUGGUGUUAAAAAAAAAGACAUUUUCUAGAGAACAUUCCAUGAAUACAGUUAUUGUGAUUUAGAGAAAAUACUAUGUAGAUAGCACAAAUCUUUGAAAAAUUUUGGUUUGUUUUCUUACCCAAAUGUUUGCAGAAAUGUAUUUCUAUUUCAAUACUUUCUAGAUUUCAUAAGUGCAGUGUAUAUAAUGCCUACUGAAGACUGUAAAAUACUAAAGUUUUCUUUCAAACAAAGUGUAAAAAAAAAAAAAAAUAUAUUGAGCCUGUAAAUUGCUCUGUGACCAGACUUCAUUGUUGUCUUAAUAUAUUCUUUGUGUGUGUGCGUGUGUGCGUGUGUGUAUAUACAUAUGUAUAUAUGCACACACAUACUUGUGCGUGUAUAUAUAUGUGUGAUUGUGACCUAUGCAAUACAAAUUAUGGGAUCAGGCAGCUUCUGAGAUUACAUCCCAUAAUUCUUUUUUCAGGAAUAGUUGCCAGUAUUUACACAGCAGCAUUUCUUCUCAGGCUUAUUGGGUGCUGUUGCUUCCUAUGUACUAAGGAAAAGUGUCAAACAGUGCAGCAUGUUCUGGCAAUAGGUGGAGUCAUUGAUGUUCAUAUGCUGUAGGUAAUAUAUUCCAUUAUUUCCCAUGUGAAUUAACUGUUAAAAAAAAAUGCAGAAUCUGAACAUUCUGGAAUUAACUCUACUAGUAAUAACAAUUGGAAAGUUAUUGUGGCACUCUGUAAAUUUUGUGUCCUAGUUAUAAACUAAGCUGACAGGAGUCGCACAGGAUUCCUACAUAUCUGUAGAAACAGUCAUAUUGAUAAAUGUAGUAUGAACAAAGUGUAUUAUUGCACAGGGUCAACAAACAGUUUGUUGCCAUUUGAAGUAACAUUACUGAUUUUAUUACAACAUUACCUCUUUUGUUUUUAUAAAAUGUACUGAGUUUUAAAUUGGUAAGUUUAUUUUACUUGUUCGUUUCUUUUUUUUU